AUGGUGAGAAAAAGUGUAAUGGAAGAUAUAAUAAUGGAAGAUAUAGAAAUGGAUGACGAUUUUUUUGAAAAAGAAUUUGUAUUAGAUGAUAAUAAUAAUGAUCCCGUCCCCGCCGCUCCCGCGAUAGUUAUUAUCAUGCAUCAUGAUUAUAUCGAUCCAGUGAUGAUUAGACGCUUUCGACACCUUAUUGGCUACGCUACAGGCAUCAAUUUGCAGAGCCGUGACACCACUAUCGGCCUACCUCAGGACUCCAUUCUCAGCCCUAUAUUGUUCAAUUUAUAUAUUGUCUUGUCACAUACGGUUUUGCCUGACACUGUGAAUAUACUGUACUAUGCGGACGAUAUCGCAAUAUAUUGUUUGGAUAGCCGACUUGAGUCUAUCAGGGAUCAGUUGAAUAACGCAUUAGAAAGCCUAUACCAAUUUUUUAUGAACCUGGGACUUGUUAUUUCCCCCUCUAAGUCUAGUUAUCUUAGGGUUGGCAACGGCAAUAUACAGUUUUCUCCGGCGACGCGCUUCUUGGGUGUUGUGUUGGAUUCUGAGCUCAAUUUGAAAGCACACAUCAACCAUGUGAGGAAUCGUAUUAUGCCAAGAAUAAACAUUCUCAAAGUUAUAACAGGUAUUAAGUGGGGUGCUCAUCCCACUAAUUUGCUUAAUAUUUAUAAAGGUUUUAUUAGACCUCUAUUAGAUUGGGGCUGUCAAUCUUUUAAUCCUCUGGAUGAAAACCUCUAUUUGAAUAUCAGUCGCCUACAAUACGCGUCUUUAAGAACUGUUUCCGGUCUUAUGAUCACCACUCGCACCAAUGUCCUGUUGGAUAUCAACGGAGAGUUCCCGCUGGACUCACGCUGGACUCCGGGACCCGGAGUGCCUCGCUAUUGCUACGCGUGA